AUGCAAGGAGAGAACGACAAGAAGCGUGGUCGCAAGAGGCACCGCAGUCAAAAUGAUAGCGGUAGUGGUGACCAAGACCGCCAUAGGUCCAAAGCGCCCAGGCGUGAGCGAAGCGAAAACUCGUCUGGUACAGCUCGUGCGGUAGCCCGCACUGGCUUGAACACUACGCCGAGAGCUCCGGAGGAUUUCGGUCAAGGACGACCAGACGCUAGGCCCAUGAAAGAGCCACGUUCCUCACCAUCAGUCGGUGCCAGACCUUCAGCUGGUGCAGACCCAACAAGGCGAAUCUCGAGGGACCGCAUCUCGUCUGAUCUCAUCCGUCGCGACUCGACAGCGAACAAAAUAGAAGAUGCAAUGCCCAUCGAUCCAAGGCAGACGAUUUGGCAGUAUAUGACUGAAGUCCUGGACAUUUUGACGAACUUAGGAGCACCUGCAGAUACCAUAAGAGAUACGAUAAACCUUACAAAUGUUGCCUACGAUCUUGUGGACCAGGGUAGCGAAAUCGAUGUUCCAGGAAUUUCUCCAGACGUUGGGCACGUCGCAGUACACAAAGUUGUCAGCGAAGCUGUUUGGAGGAUGUUCGCAUGCCAUCACUUCCGAACCGAGUAUCAAGAAGAAUUGAAGAUGGAACUUGAUUUAUUCUACGGCCAGCAACGUGCUGCGGAUUUCGAGAGACGAUGCGACGACGCAUUUGCGCUCUGGGCACAAGACGGAAGCCGCAAACCCGAGACAACAGCCUUUGAAAUUUUCCAGGAAGUGGCAUGGGAGGCUGUGACGGAGAAAUUUGACGCUCUCAAUCCAAAUCUGAAGACCAAGGCCAGGUUCAUUGACUUGCGCAAAUGGUCCGAGGAUGACAUGACCAGAGAUUUCGUUCCUCGACUGGCAGUCCCUCUUAGCAGUGCUGGAGGUUACUGUGAGCUACUGCUGCACGACAUUCGAAAAUAUCGCAACCGUGAGCUCCAGAACAUCCGUGGUGAAUGGGCUCAGGCCAUAAGUGAUGCUGAGGGCCGACAGGAUGAGCUCGAGCGCAGGCAACUUGAGGGCGAACUUAAUACAAUGGAACGCGCAGUCCGAGGAGGGGAGAUUCCGUACGGGCCACGCGAGCAGAGACUCCCGUCAUGGGAUCAGAAAGUAAAAAAGUGGGAAGGUCUUGCACAAUCGCUAGGCUUUGAUCAGGAAAGGACCUUUGGGUUUCCUAUGGGCCUGGUCUACGUUAUCGAUCGAAAGGUCGUCAAGGAGACUUACGCCGCUUCCCUACGUUCCGGAUGGGAUGACUCAAGGCUGUGGUUUGGCAAUUUUCUUGACCGAGUGCCUCUGGAAUACGGCUUGGCUAGUUCUGUGUCCAGCAAGCGAGGUGGUGAUACCAUCCUUCGGGUUGACGGGUACGGUAUAUACGAUACGCUCGCGAUGCACCGUCUUUAUGCAGAAUAUUGCCCACAUGGUGACCUCGAAGAUCUUAUCGACGAGUAUGCUGGAUUGAAAUAUAGCGACCUCGUUGACGAAAAUGGCCGGCCCUAUGGAAAAUACAUUCCCAACCGAAUGCUCUGGGCCAUUUUCGAAGCACUAGUAGCUGCAUUGUGUAUGAUGAGCGAUGGCAAGCUGCCGAGCAGCCGAUUUGCGGUCACUCAUCAACCAUUAUUCCAUCGCGACUUGAAACCCGCCAACAUUUUCAUGGCCAAGCCUUCUACCACCGACUGGCAUGAAAUCCCUAUUGCCAAAGUCGGCGAUUUUGGUCUAUCAAUCCACGCCAGCGAUCCCACAUCUGGAGCCCAGGGCGUGGGAACCCUAGGAUACAUGGCCCCAGAAUCCUACGACUACCCGCCAGUCAGCGACUGGUACAGAAACACGGAAAUCUCAGCAAAAGCCGACCUGUGGUCUGUGGCUCGCAUCAUGCUGAGUCUUAUGAGACUCGAAAAUGACAACAAUGUCGAUGUAGUGACACUCGACGAUUUUGCGCCACCGCAAUUAGAGCCAGAGCUUGAAGUGCAUUAUUCACAAACUCUGAUCGAUCUUGUGCAUGAGUGCCUUAAAUUCUGGCCAGAUGACCGGCCUACUUGUCAGGAAGUGUGGAAAAGAAUUCAAAGAGAGGUUAACUACAAAGAUCCGGCACUGGAAGAGGAGUCUUUGAAGAAGCGGGACAGACAGGAUGAUGAGAUUAUUCUGUAUCGCAAUCCUGCGGAUGCGUACUCUAAGAUGACUUUUCAGAGGGAUUGA